AAAAUUGACUUAAAUAAUCACAAAAGAUAAACCAUAAUCAAAUAUACCACUUUAUAAAUUUCAAUCAGAACUACAUACUUUAUAACAUGAAAGUACCCAAUUGCCCUUCAUAUAAAUACAUAUGUAUUUACCCUUUAUCCCUUCAAAAAUUCAUUUUCUGAAACCCAAUUUCUCCCAACUCCUCUUCUCCCUUGCAUUCUCCCAAAUCUUGCCCAUGCAUGACUUCAUAGAUAACAUAGAGGGUAGCGGCCACGGUGACGACGUCAGUGGAUUCUCCGAGGCCUGAUCCUAACAUUGACACUAAGCUUGAUGCCAACCCAAACCUUAGACCCUAACCCCAAUCCAACCUAGGCAACAGACCGUACUUUAAAUUCCACCGUGUGUUUGGCAAAAGGAAAUAAAGACGGGAUUUGAAAAAAAAUCGGGAUUUCACCGAUGGAAAAGGGAACUCCAUGCGUUUGGCAAAAUCUACUAGGGAUUUGGCAAAUCACUUGCGGAAAAUAUGGAGGGAUUUCCCAAUCCAAAAUCCCGAGUUUAAAUCCUAUCAUAAUUGGUGGAAUUCUGCAAAUCUCAAGAGCGGGGGAAAUUGUUUUUGCUGCGCGCCAACAAAUACACCUUAUAUCAGUUUUCUAUCAAGAGUGGGAGAAGAAGGCAGGCCAUCCAAGUUUCGCAGGUCUUAUAUCAGUUUUCUAUCAAGAGUGGGAGAAGAAGGCAGGCCAUCCAAGUUUCGCAGGAUGAGAAUAAGUGAAGAGUACUUGAAACUUCAUCCAUGUGCUAUAAGUGGAUCAGAAAGAGACAAGUGGAAGUGGUUUGAGAAUUGUAUAGGGGCACUAGAUGGAACUCACUUUAUCCGACUCGAGCAACAUAAUGACCUUGUGUUACAAGAUCAAGAUUUGGAGUUUUUAGCUUCUGUGGAUCAUGAGAUAUCAAAUCAUUCUACAUUAGAGGGUAAUGCAAAUAGGAUUACAAGUGUUCAAGUUACUGAUCAGUGGACUACUUUCCGUGACACGUUAGCAUUGCAGAUGUUUCAUGAUUAUCAAGCAAGAGGCACAACGAUUUCAUGAUUUUUCAAUUUGAACUUUUCAUGAACUUUAUGGCAGAGAAAGCAACCAAACUAAAGCAGAGGAAAAGGAAAGAGAAGCAAGGUAAUGAACAUGAAGGAGAUGAAAAAUGUUAUUUACGUUGGAACAUACAAAUGGAUCGUUCAUUAGCAGAGAUACUUAGAGAAGAACGCCAGAUGGGUCACAAAGGAGAUGGUGGUUGGAAAUCAGUUGCUUAUAACACUGCUGCAGCCAUAUUGUCUGCCCAAUAUAAUAUUGAAGUAAGUGCUGAUAACAUUAAAAAUCGUGUCAAGACAUGGAAAAGGUUUUAUGCUGUAGUCAGUGACAUAUUAAGUCAGAGUGGAUUUAGUUGGGAUGCAACAAAAAAGAUGAUCACUAUAGAUGAAGAGAAUGUUUGGAAUGAGUAUGUGAAGUCUCAUGAAGAUGCUAGAACUUUUCGAUAUAAAGUAAUUGCAAAUUGGGAUGAUAUAGUGGAUUUAUGUGGCAAAGAUAGAGCUACUGGAGAGGGUGCUGAAACAUGUUUUGAAGCUGCUGAGGUUAUGACCCCUGAUAGCGAACCGAAUAAUUUUGUUGACUUGGGUGCUGAUACUCAAGGUUUUGAGAAUUCUCACAUUGAUGAUGUCUCACCCAAUUCUAGCUGUCCAAAGAAAAGAAAUCAACCAUCUUCUGAAAUUCGCCCACCAAAGAAAAGAGGUACUCCUAAUGUUCUUGCUGAUUCAGUGGCUAAAAUGGCUUCAUCGUUCGAACAAUUUAUCAAUGCUACCACACAAAAGCUUGAUCCAUUAGAAGUAUAUAAUGAAGUUAAUGCAAUUCCAGAACUUAAUCCAGAUGAACAAUUGAAGGCAUGCACUUGGUUUAUAGAAAAUGAGAAACAAUUUCUCAUGUUGAAGACACUUCCAGUUGAGAGAAAAAAGGGAAUGGUAUUGAUGUUUAUUUCACCAAGGGCAUAGAACACAUUUUUUCAUUCUCAUGUUAUCUUUAUUAAUUAUUAUUUUUUAAUUACAAGUACCUUAAACAGUAGUUGGAAUGAUUGGAUUCAUUUAUUUUGAUUUAGUGAUACGUUUUUUUUUUUGGUAAUAUAGAUGACUUUAUCUUGAUUACAAUUUCGAGUAAUAACAGUAGUGGAUUAUGAAUGUUUUUGUUUAAGAGAUUUGAAUGGUACCUGCUUUACUUUUAUCAAAUAUGUUCUCUCUGAAAUCUUAAGCUAUCAUUUCAGUUGUCUAUUUUCCAGAAAUUCAACACUUUAUCAAUCAAAUCUACAAUUAAUUAAUUGAUGUUGUCAAAUAUUUGUUGAUGCAAAAACAGACGUUGAAGUGGACAACAACCAAUUGAGCAAGUUAGGCUAACAGUUCCAAUCACAUAUGACCCAUCAGAGCCAACCAUAACGUUUCGAACAUGGGUGCUUGGCCUAUUAUCAUGCACCACUCUUGCUUUUAUCAACCAGUUUUUUGGGUACCGCCAAAAUCAACUCUUUGUUUCUCCGUUUGUUCUAACAAUUGCAUGCUUUUUUAUUCUUAAGCCUCCUUUGCGAGUUUCAGUUUUAAAAUUCCUUUUAUGAUUAUCCAAACAGGGGAAAUUGUAAUUUCCGUCAUUUCUUAAAUUUUAUAUACAAGAUAUCCAAACACUGAAAAUUUGGAAUUGACGUAAUUUGAAAUGAUGUAAUUACAAAUUCCGUCAUUUACAAAUUCUAUGAAAAUUAG